AUGACGAAACAGGGACGUGGGCGGCCGAGAACCAUGGUGCCACCGUCACCGGUGAAUCACCCCCUACCGAAGAACCAGUCGGAAGUGGCGAGUGUGAAUUUGAAGGAGAAAGAGCGAACAGAGGAUCAUGAAGAUGCUAGCGAUGAGAAAGCUGAUAGAAAUGAGAAAGAACAACAUACACCAGAAACCCUAAUAGCGAAGGAAAGAGAGACUGAAACCCUAAUUGUGAAGGAACAACAUGAAGAACGGAAACUAUGGGUGGACGCAAUCAACGAUAAUCGUAAUCUUGCAAAAGGCAUUUCCAUGGAGUAUGUGGCGCCUAAAAUCAUCAAUGGUGAAGUGGAAAUCGAAAUUGAAAAAGAAGAUGUAGAAACGAAAAUUUGA